CAGCGAUACCACAUAACACAUCGGUAAGUCAAUUACCCUUUCACGAUCAACCAUCAACAUAAAAUCAUUCACUCGACCGCGCUCCAUCGAAAUAUCCUCUUUUCAUCGAUCGUUUACUGACCGCGCAACCCCUCUGCUUCAGCAAUCAUGGGUAAAGGAAAGCCUCGUGGUCUCAACGCGGCCAGAAAACUACGACUGCACCGAAAGGAGCAGAAGUGGGCUGAUCUCGGAUACAAGAAGCGCGCUCUCGGUACCGCUUUCAAGUCCUCGCCAUUCGGUGGUUCCUCCCACGCCAAGGGCAUCGUCCUCGAGAAGGUCGGUGUCGAAGCCAAGCAGCCCAACUCCGCCAUCCGAAAGUGUGUCCGUGUACAACUUAUCAAGAACGGCAAGAAGGUUACUGCUUUCGUCCCCAAUGACGGUUGCUUGAACUUCGUGGACGAGAACGACGAGGUCCUACUUGCUGGUUUCGGUCGUAAGGGCAAGGCCAAGGGUGAUAUUCCCGGUGUGCGAUUCAAGGUCGUCAAGGUCUCCGGUGUCGGUCUAUUGGCCCUAUGGAAGGAGAAGAAGGAGAAGCCCCGCUCAUAAGCGGUCGGCUGGGGACGAAGAAAUGGAGUAAAACGUGCAACGAGAGAAGGUUCAUUGGGCAUGCGGAGUCGAUACGGCUUGCUUUGUUUCAUCACGGCAUCAUAGGUUCGGGCCUUGAUACUCAUUCACCGGUAGACGAGAUCCACGAAAAGAGAUCUUAAGUCGCCAAAGCAAAA